AGCGUGAAAUGCCAGGAAAAGGUGGUCACCUUCAAAUUGCUUCAAAUUCUUACGUGGUAAAAGAUAUCGAUGCAAAUAACGACGGUAAAACAUCACUUGUAUUCACACAUGCUACUGGAUUUCAUAAAGAAUUAUGGAAUCCUAUCAUAAAAAUAUUACAUGAACGAAGAGAUCAAUGGAAUGGUGGAGAUAU